CACAGAUGUCAGUAGCACCCUGCACAGCACCAUUCUGUCCAGCUGAGGUUACACUUAUAUUUCAUCAGCCAUUAAAAAACCCCCCACAAGCCAGUUAAAAACUUUCUAAACUAACAGGACUUCAUUAUAUGAGAGACCUCUGUAUUGUGAUCAUUAAAAUUAGAGUGACCCAAAAUAAUAUUGUUAUGGGAAACAGAUCAAGGAGAAGACAAGGUUCUCCUUUUCUGGCUAGAAAAUCGGAUCAGAUAUGCAGGUGCAAUGACCAUUUUAAUCCUCUGUUACAGAUUGUAUCCAGUUUAUUAAGUUUGUUUCAUUGAAUGGAAUUACUUUUCAGCAUUUUUAGAACAGUAUACUUUCAGCUUGUUGGUAGUUUGAAUUGGAAUUGAUAUUGAUUAUGACAGUAUGAGAAAUUGUAUUUAGGAGGUAGUUGGAGACAAGAAGUUAAGUAUGAGUGAAAUAAUUGUGGUGAACCAGGCUGAAGUAAUAGUUUCCAAUAAGUCUCCCAACAUUUCUGUGACAUGUAUAUUAUUAUCUAAGCAGAAAAACAAAUGGAAGUACCAUGCUAACAUUAAAAUGGGAAUAUAGAUUUAGAGUCAAAUAGGUUUGAUUUAGAAAUAUCCCUAAGGAAACUGCCUUUGAAACGAAACUCCUUAGUUGAAUAAAAGUGAAUCUGUGGAUUUCCUGAAUAGCACUGUGGCUUGAGUAUCCUGUCAAUAUAUAAGCCAGUCCACCAACUUAAGACACAAGUGUUGCUAUUCCAUAAAUACAGUAGAGCUCCAUAUGUUUAGUUUUUCAAUUUCUUCUGUUAGAAAGUUUGGGGGAAAAAAAAGGAGACUUUGAAGUAUUUUGUUUAUACUAACAGAAGAGAAAAGUUCUCCUAAGAAAAAGCUGGUGGCAGGAGUGUAGAGGAGUAGCAUAUGGCAUUAAAAGGAGCACAGCUGGAGGUAGCAUUUCCAUCUGAACAUGAUGUCAGAGCAGCUGACAGCCUGCCAUCCCUCAGCCUUUUAUUCUAACACACAGACAGGGAGUUAGUGUGUGCAGAUCUGUGUGUGGAGAAGGUAUCUCAUUCCUCUCUAACAUCAUCUCCACUUUGCAUCUGUCUCUCUUAGUCUGCUUUUUUUCCACCGAUCUAACAGACCUGGAGCCAGCAAGACUCAGAGGAAAGGACUUAAUCAGGUUUAUGUGUACUAAAGGUUAUGAAGACAGUAUGGAGUUUCCAGACCAUAGUAGACAUUUGCUACAGUGUCUGAGUGAGCAGAGACAUCAGGGUUUUCUUUGUGAUUGCACUGUUCUGGUAGGAGAUGCCCAGUUCCGAGCGCACCGAGCUGUACUGGCUUCAUGCAGCAUGUAUUUCCACCUCUUUUACAAGGACCAGCUGGACAAAAGAGACAUUGUUCAUCUGAACAGCGACAUUGUUACAGCCCCAGCUUUCGCUCUCCUGCUUGAAUUCAUGUAUGAAGGGAAACUCCAGUUCAAAGACUUGCCCAUUGAAGACGUGCUAGCAGCUGCCAGUUAUCUCCACAUGUAUGACAUUGUCAAAGUCUGCAAAAAGAAGCUGAAAGAGAAAGCCACCACGGAGGCAGACAGUACCAAAAAAGAAGAAGAUGCUUCAAGUUGUUCGGACAAAGUGGAGAGCCUCUCUGAUGGCAGUAGCCACAUGGCAGGCGAUUUGCCCAGUGAUGAAGAUGAAGGAGAAGAUGAAAAAUUGAACAUCUUGCCCAGCAAAAGGGACUUGGCGUCUGAGCCUGGGAACAUGUGGAUGAGGUUGCCCUCAGACUCAGCAGGCAUUCCCCAGACUGGCGGAGAAGCAGAUACACACGCAACAGCAGCUGGAAAAACAGUAGCCAGCCCCUGCAGCUCUACAGAGUCUUUGUCCCAGAGGUCUGUCACCUCCGUGAGGGAUUCAGCAGAUGUUGACUGUGUGCUGGACCUGUCUGUCAAGUCCAGCCUUUCAGGAGUUGAAAAUCUGAACAGCUCUUAUUUCUCUUCACAGGACGUGCUGAGAAACAACCUGGUGCAGGUGAAGGUGGAGAAAGAGGCUUCCUGUGAUGAGAGUGAUGUUGGCACUAAUGACUAUGACAUGGAACAUAGCACUGUGAAAGAAAGUGUGAGCACUAAUAACAGGGUACAGUAUGAGCCGGCCCAUCUGGCUCCUAUGAGGGAAGACUCGGUCUUGAGGGAGCUAGAUCGGGAGGACAAAGCAAGUGAUGAUGACAUGAUAACUCCAGAGAAUGAGAGAGUCCAGGUGGAAGGGAACAUGGACAGCAGUUUACUCCCUUAUGUCUCAAACAUACUCAGUCCAGCUGGCCAAAUAUUCAUGUGCCCUCUCUGCAACAAAGUGUUUCCCAGUCCCCAUAUUCUGCAAAUUCAUUUAAGCACGCACUUUCGAGAGCAGGAUGGGAUCCGCAGCAAGCCUGCAACUGAUGUCAAUGUCCCAACAUGCUCCUUGUGUGGUAAGACUUUUUCUUGCAUGUACACCCUGAAACGCCACGAGAGGACUCAUUCAGGGGAAAAGCCCUACACUUGUACCCAGUGUGGGAAGAGCUUCCAGUAUUCCCACAACCUGAGCCGCCAUGCUGUGGUUCACACACGGGAGAAGCCACAUGCCUGUAAGUGGUGUGAACGCAGGUUCACACAGUCUGGAGACCUUUACAGACAUAUUCGGAAGUUUCACUGUGAGUUGGUGAACUCCUUGUCUGUUAAAAGUGAAGCACUGAGCUUACCUACUGUCAGAGACUGGACCUUAGAAGAUAGCUCUCAAGAACUUUGGAAAUAAUUUUAUAUAUAUAUAAAUAAUAUAUAUAUACAUAUAUAUAAAUCUAUAUAUAGUUGUGGUACGGUCUAAAAGCAGUCUUGUUUCCUUGAACUAAAAAGUUGGGAUAUUAACUUGUUUUUGCACUUUAGGAUAGCAUGAAAAAUUUCACUAAUUUAGCAUUCUGAUAAGAAAAACUUUAGAGCAAGUCAGAAAUAGAGAGGUGUUUUCUUUUGUGGGGUAGGGAAAGUAAGCCAGUAAGUACUUUAAAAAAAACAAAUCUUCAUAACACAAAAAUGCUUACUUAUGGUUUUAUUUCUUCAACAUUGCAAUUGUGUUUUAAGCUCUGUAAUUUUUUUUUUAUGAUUUUUAAAUGCUGUAGAAAUUCCCUCCAGUUUUAUUAGCCUCUUUACAUUUAUAAAAUUGCAUGAAUCCUUUCUGGCUGUUGGAAACCUGAAUGCUUUUAGACCCAAAUGGAAAAUUUCUGAAAUGCUGGAUUAUCUAUUUUUAAACAAGCAGUUGACUUAAACUUUCUGUGGCAACUUCUGGUUUUCUGACAGUUCCCAAUGAAAAAAAUUCUGAAAGUACACUGGGAUCACUGGGACUCUGUCUUUUGUGAAGGUUUGCUUGGGAUGAAAAAGGAUAUUGCAGCUUCAGCAGUGUUGAACUGUGUGUUUAAAAAUGUGAAUUACUGUUAUUGUAUACUGUAAUUGAUUACAUGGGCUGGGGGGGGUGUCAAAGAACUUGACAGGUUGUGUUGAUGCUCAUAGUUGAGUCUUGAAAAGUAAAUAUUAACGCUACAGAAAUGCAUGAGUUUCAAUAUAUUUUUGUCUUUGUUUGCAUUGUAUAACUUUAACGAGUGAGUUUAAAAUUAUUUAAUUUCCUUAGGAAAAUAGCACCAUUUGAAAAAACUGGUGUUAUGAAGAACAUAAAUGCACUGUUUUUAUUUUAUUUUAUAUAAUUUAAGUCUCUUUCCCACUGUCUUUAAGUUGAAGCUGUUAAGUUGAAUAAAAAUUAAGCUACAAAUUGAUAACAUAGCUACAUAACAAGGAAAAUAUUAAUGUUUACAAAUGGCUUAAAGAUUUGCAUGUGCAGUGUGCAUUUAUAACAAACUUCUAAUUGCACAGAACCCAUGCCAGCUCAAAGUUUAGGUAUCUACAUUUUACCCUGUUGAGCAUUUUUAGAAUUACUACUGCACAAAUUGACAAUAGGUCAUUCUUUUUUCUUUUCUGUCUCUCUCUCUGUCUCUGUCUCUCUCUCUUCCUCUCUCUGUUUCUCUGUCUCUAUCUCUCUCUCUGUGUCUCUGUCUUUCUCUCUUUUUUUUGCUCACCCUUUCUCUUUUUCCUCCUCCCCUCCCCACCUCUGUAACCCUUCCCUCCCAUGAAAAGAUUCUUUGGACUGAAAAAGCCCCAGGCUGAAAGGACUGGGAAGCCUUGAUUGACAAGGGGAGGAGGGGGGUGAGCAGACUAUGUGUAUCCAAGCAGCCGAGGCUGCAGCCCGACGUGUGGUUUUCAUGACCAACACACAGGGUGAACGCAUUUUGCACAGUGUUUGUUUUCCUGUCUUGCACUUACAAAUAAGGUCUAUGGGAGUAGCAUGGAAAACGUUUGCUGUUUUUCCCUUUUUUUCCCUUUGCUUUUGUUUAAAAUUUGAUCGCCUUAACUACUGUAAACAUAGCCUAUUUUUGUGCUUAAGAUACUGAAUGGAAAACUCCAUUGUGUGUUGCUGGACUGUUUUGGAAAUAUUUGGUCAAAUGUGUGUUAAUUUGGCUGUAAUGGCAUUUAAAGCAAACAAAAAAAAGCUGUGAAAAUGGCCUUGAAGCAUUAUCUUUAGUUACUUGAAGAGUUUCUAGUUUUUUUUAAUACAGUUUAUGUUAAGAUACAUUUUUAUUAAUUUAGAGAAGACAAUCAAUGUCUGUGAGAAAACGGACUUUCUUUUGGAUUUUUUUUUUGUGGUCAUUGUGAGUGAUUGCUUUUUCCUCUUAUUAGUUUCACAUUCUUCCUUUGUUCUAAAACUUAGACUGACAUCUAGCUUUGACAAUCAUAGUACGUUUUAUUUUCCUGAGGGGGGAAUAACUUAUGAUGCUGUUUAGUUUUGUACUCUUGGUGUGUUGGUGAAUUUUUAAGCUGUGCUAACUGCAAUAAAUUAUAUGACCUGAGAA